AUGGUGUCCUCUAGCCCCUUGCUUGCCGGUGGUCUCACCCUCCGCAAAUUCCGCGGCACGGCGAAACUCAUGUUCUUCACCGGCAUCGGUGCCAUGGUUGCCUGUGUCUCAAAAUUUACCGACACGAAGCUCUCGUUCGACCCCCAGUUGCUCACAGUAUUGGGUACAGUGCUCGGUUUGGUCAUUAGUUUCCGUACAACAUCCGCAUACGACCGUUAUUGGGAGGGUCGCAAGCUAUGGACUACCAUCUCUCUUAGCAGCCGUAACUUGGCCAAUCUCAUCUGGAUCCAUGUUCCGACUGACCGCUCGGCCAAGUCCUCCACUCCUCUUCCCAAGGACCACCUCCUCAAGGUCAUGAUCGAAAAGUCCUCUAUGAUCAACUUGAUUCAGGCUUUCUCCGUCUCGGUCAAGCACUAUUUGCGUGGAGAACCUGGCAUUUACUAUCAGGACUUGUAUCCCUUGAUUGCUUUCCUCCCUCAAUACGCAAUGCAACAGGGCGCUAUGGAAAGCACUGAGAAGCUUCCUCUCUGGUCUGAUGAUGCCAAUAUAGGCGGUCACCACCUCCCUCGCGACCCCGAUUCCAGCGAGGGCGGGUUCAAGCGCAAAAAGAACAAGACGUUUGACCCUGAAAAGGCACUCCCUGACGUCAGUCCCGACCAUGUUCACUUGGCUCCCGCUCGCAACCCUCCUCCCACUACGUUCUUCGACUACUUCCCUAUCCUCAUGCCCAUCAAGACCAUCUACAAGCUCAUCAAGCGUAUUUUUGUUCGUCGGGAGGACGACGCCUCGAUUGAUGGUGAACGCAGUGCCUGGACCGGAAAGAAGAAGCACCGUCCCGUUGUUGAGUCAAUUGUGCCUUUGGAGAUUGCCCUUCACCUCAAUUCCUACUACAACUUCUUGUUGCAAAGUGGAUUGCUACAGGCUGCUGCUGCCACAUCGUUCAACAACAAUCUUCACUCGCUACAAGAUGCUUCUGUCCAGCUCCGCCGCAUUGCUACCACGCCCAUUCCCUUCGCUUACCAGGCCCACUUGCGCAUGGCAAUUUGGCUAUACCUUUUCUUCUUGCCAUUCCAAAUCUAUGACAAAUUGAAAUGGAUUACCAUUCCUGCCACCGGCUUUGCUGCGUUCCUGUUCCUUGGUUUCUUGGAGAUUGGUGCUGAAAUCGAGAAUCCCUUCAACUACGACGACAACGAUCUUGAUAUCGAUGGUUACUGCCUCGCUAUUGCUCGUGAGCUUGCUGAAAUCAUGGCACACGAGCCCAAGGCACCUUCGUCGUUCAUUUUCAACGAAUUCAACCAGCCUUUCGCCCCUGCAGACCGCCGCACCGCUCAAGAAUUACUCUCUGAUCAAAAGAGCAAUGAAUACCUCGACGAAACCCAUGGUAUGGAUAACGUGCAUGCCACGAUGGUCCGCAGCUGGCGCACGGUCACCGAGAUGACAACACACCACAAGAAGAAGAUUGCUGCUUAA